CAAUAUGUUAUUUACAUAGAUAACUUAGGGUUUAUAAGCAGCACAAAUAAAAACACUCGAAACGACAGCUGCACGAUAUCGCAAUAUGAAUAGCACCAUCUUGCUGAUUAUAUGCAUUUUUGCAUUGGUACCUGCAUUUUCUACCAACAAUGUGCUGAGUCUUGGUCUAGGUUCGAACGAGGACGGAGAGCCAUCUUUUUCUAACUGCUCGCCUCGCGUGCCUCUAGUACACUACAAAAGCACUUCUUACUAUAUUGGAUCGAUCUAUAACGGCACACAGACACAGGCCGAAAUUUUCUGUAGCUACCAUGGUAUGAGGCUACUUAGUAUCGAAAGUGAUGCAGAAAAUAAUUUUCUAAUUUCUGCGUUAUCGGAACAUUGACAAACGUACGAAGCUAAAGGACCCCUUUACUACGUAGUGUUGUUGAAGCAACUAGGAAAGUAACGUUUGCGUUUUGGUCAUCAGGAAGAAGAUACGACGAAGACGAAUGGAUGUGGGUCUCUACUGGUAUCCCAGUCGAGUAUGCCAAUUGGAACCCUCCUAAUGAGCCAACUCAUAAUCCUAAUGAAGAUUGUAUUUUGAUGAGGUACACCUACUUUCUAGCUUUCUAAAGUUUGUUCAUAUUUUGUCAGCAAGAAUUGACCAUAACAAUAUUAAGACCUUAGUACAAAUUCAUUAGUAAUAUACUAUUCUCUCUUUUCCUCAAAAUAAGAAAGUUGAAGAUUCACGGAAAGAUGAACCUUAGAUAAAACAUUUCCGGUAUAAUAGGUAUAUCUCUUAUUAAAUCCGUUUUAUGGUCCGCAGUUGCAAAAUGAAAUUGUUUUGUCUGCAACACAAUUGCAUCCAAUUACUUGCAGUUGCAAGAUGGCCCUGCUUCCUCGAUUCAAAGGAGAAAGGUUUGCCAACCUAAAUGAAUGAAAUAUUCCCUAUAAGACAGUGCCAUCUGCUAUCAGAACCAUCCACUAAAAAGGUGCAGAAUCGGCGGCAAAUAGCGGCCACACUGGUGACCAGCACGGGUAUUAUGCAUCUCGAAAUGUGAUAUUAUGUCGAUUUUUUUUGUCAUUAUAUUGUUUUAUUUUGACUUAACGUUGGUUUUCUACAAGAUGUUAACUUAGCACUAGCUGAUGGAUACUUGUUGUGAACUCGUUUUGUAGUUUUACCGGUUGCCUAAACCUCAUGAUGCUCCCGAUAUCAAUGUUUUUCUAUGAUGUGACUUAACAUCUGCCUCACAGAUGGCAUUAUAUUGGAGGCCUAAGCUGUAAGUUAUAUACUAUAGACUAUAGCUGGAAGGAAACGCGAGUGUUUUCAGAAAGCACAACAUAUAAACAACCAGUCAGGCACAGCUAAUAGAUUUACUUCAGCAUAUUCGAUAAUAAUUUUCUCACAUAGCAAAUAUCACUGAUUUUAAACACAUGCCGACCAAUACACAUAAUCAUCCAGAUGCGAUCUUGCUACUUAACCAGCUUUCUUUCUUUCACAUCUGCUCAGAUAAACACUACAGACUACUCGACCUCCCAAAACGCAUACUUGUUUUCUGCAACCAACAAUGCGUGAAGUCAUUCCUCCAUAGAAGGCAGCAGCGGUGACCGCAGUAGUAGACUCUUCGGUCUCCUGAUCAGUUGCCGUGCGCUGUGCGGGUUCGAGCCCCGUCCCAGGAGAAAUUUUUCUCUUGGCUAUGGAUGUUGUGAUUGUCCGUAGGUGGUAGACGGUCUCUGACUGUCAAACGUGGAGGUACCACCCGGCGGAUCUCGUAGGCGGAGCCAGAAUGUGUUCAUGUUGCAUGCACACGUGUUCCCUCGCCAGACUCCGUGUGACGUUCCCCCUUUCUCCUGUAUCCCCCUAUAGCCCCACGGUACCCAAUGGGUGUUUAGGCCUUAGGCCUUCGUGGUAGUUGGAGUAUAAGAAAAAAAAAAAGAAAAGAUGGACGCUCACAGCGAUCAUAGCGAGCAAACGUGGAGUGAACUAUUUGCACCCUAAAAAUUACCUAGUCUGCAAGAUGACAUUAUAUUGGUUUUCUUUUUGUUUUUUACAUAAUAUCCGUUGCAAAUGAGACAAUGCGAACUGGCAUACAGUUUCAACAAACAGCUUCGACAAAGUAAGGCAUCAAAGUCUCAUCUAAACGCAGUGCAGACAACCUUGCAUGAAAAAUCACACUGAUUGGUUCUAUUCCCCUACCACGACAGUUAGAAGAAAGUGACAGGAGGAAUCAGCUGUUAGUGCGCACGCAUCUGAUCAACAUUUUUCUUACUCUUGCUGACUGUAAAACGGGUAUUAGCACUGGGCACUGAUGCAGUAAUAGUACUAAAUACUUAAUCUUGUUAUCCUAUUCUGCUCGCAUUCCAUUGAGCUAAAGGUUUACUUAUCUAUGUUUAGCUAUAAUCAUACAGGUAAGACCUUAGUCUGGGUUGCCCAAGUCUGUGCGUACCCCAGGUACUUCAUAUGUGAAAUCCGCGAAGAAAGUUGUAAUCAGACUACGUACGAUAAUCAUGAAGACAUAGCAGUUGUAACAUGACGUUAGUCGUAGGUGAUUUGUCAUUAUCAAUUUGAAACAAUAAAGAUAUAGAGGUACAA